AUGGCCCCCGCGUAUCCUCCAACUCCAGCUUCUCAGUGGCCAGAAGAAUACAAGCCGUACGCAGAGUGGGUCGAAGAAAGAGUCGCCCCAACUUUAGGUCCAAAUGGCCAAAUUUUAACAUAUCAAAACGCCAACGGCGGUCUCGAGGGCCCUUUCCCUGUCAUCGUCGCUUCGAAAGAUGUUGGACAACUCAUUACGGAGGCUAUAAGCAAGUUUGGGUCAUUGGGAGACAUCCCGAAAGAUGCAAAAGAAGUUGCGAUUUUGACGGUUGGCGCCAAGUUCGACGCCAAAUUCGAGCAAUACGCCCAUUACAACAUCGCCACCAAAACGGCUGGUCUUACUCACGACCAAUGUGUGGCGAUGAAGGCUGGCAAGAAGCCUGAAGGACUUAGUCCAGCGGCUGCGGCGACCUACGACGCCUCUUACCAUCUCGUCAACAAACAAGGACCGUUACCGCAGGAUUUGUAUGAUGCCUGUGUGAAGGAACUCGGCAAGGAGGUGACACUUCUAAUGACGCACUACGUCGCCAUGUACUGCUACAUGUGCGUUUUGAUGAAUGCUAUGAGGGUACCACUGCCCGAUGGUAUUGAGAUGCCAGUGUAA